UGUUGUGAAUUUCGGCCCGAUCGGAUGUUUUCGACCGGUUGUUGUCAGUAACACUCUUUCUACCUGUGCUUGUGCUGCUGUUGUGUUGUGUUAUUUUUCUAGAUCUUCGCCGCUGAAAUGUUGAAGAUGCAUUCUCUCCGUCGUUCUCUCAGCAGAACUGGUGGUGCGGUCAACGUCGAUUCUCUGAUACGAGGUUUCGCCACAACCGGCACCGUUCUCGAAAAUUACAAAUGCAAGGUGCUGAUUGUUGGGGGUGGCGCAGGAGGAUGUGCCGUGGGGGCGAAACUAUCCAAUAAAUUGGGCAAAGGAAAAGUUAUUAUCCUGGAGCCGGCCGAUAAACACUAUUACCAACCCAUGUUCACGCUAAUUGGUGGUGGUAUCAAAACACUGUCCGACAGCUAUCGGCCCAUGUCCACCGUACUUCCGGCUCUGGCUACCUGGCUCAAAGACACAGCCGCCAAAUUUGAACCGGAAAACAACACAGUCUACACAGCCAACGGGGAUAAGAUUGAUUACGAGUUUUUGCUGGUGGCUGUAGGACUUCAGCUUAAUUACGACAAAAUCCCUGGUCUCGUGGAAGCACUCUCCAUCCCGAAGGGCAAGGUGUGCUCCAACUAUUCCCCGAAGUAUGUCUCGAGAACCUACGACGCUCUGCAAGCCUUCAAAUCGGGAAAUGCCAUUUUCACUUAUCCAAACAGUCCAGUGAAAUGCCCAGGAGCACCACAAAAAAUCUUAUACAUCGGAGAACAUUAUUUGCGUAAGAGCAAGAAACGAAAGAACGCCAACGUCAUCUACAACUCGUCGCUUCCGGUUUUGUUUGGUGUCAAACACUACGCCGAUGCACUAUGGAAGAUCGUCAAACAACGUGACAUCAAUGUCAACUUGCGAACGAACCUGGUCGAAGUGCUGCCAGGGAAGAAUCAGGCAGUAUUCCAGAAUCUGGACAAACCAGAAGAGAAGUUUACCACAGAUUUUGAAUUCUUGCAUGCUACCCCGCCAAUGAGCGCUCCCGAUGUUUUGAGUUCUUGUAAAAAUUUAGUGAACGAAACAGGCUUCGUUGACGUCAGCAAGGAUACACUUCAACACACCAAGUUCAAUAACGUUUUCUCAAUUGGGGAUUGUUCCGGUUCACCGAACUCGAAAACUGCAGCUUCAGUUGCUGCCCAAUCUCAAGUAGUGUACAAGAAUAUGCUGGCCGCAAUGAACGGGCACAAGCCGGUCCAAGUUUUCGAUGGCUAUGCUUCCUGUCCGCUUGUGACCGGUUACAAUACCUGCAUCCUGGCUGAAUUCGACUACAGCCUCACUCCGCUGGAAACGUUCCCGCUGGAUCAGAGUAAGGAACGCUACUCGAUGUACUACAUGAAGAAGGAUAUUAUGCCCCCACUAUACUGGCAUAUGUUGCUGAACGGUCUCUGGAAUGGUCCCGGCUUUGCGAGAAAGCUAAUGCAUUUCAUGGAUUCUCCCAAGCCUAAACCAGUUCAAGCUUAAUCGUUCCUGGCGAACUUUAUGAAAUAAAUUUGUUAUGUGUAUUACAGUUGUA